GACUUUGACGAGACCUACGACGGCCUCGGUGACCAGCUCGAAGAAGCAAACGACGACUUCAACGAUGAUACCUUUGGAGACUCUGGCGCCAUCGGGAAAGAUUUCGACUUUUCUGGCAAGACGGCAGGUGCGGCUGAUGCUCUCGAGGACGAUCAGCUGGCGUAUGAGCGCCGGAACCCUGCAAAGCGUACGCCAAUGAUUGAUAGAAGCACCGAUCCAUGGGCCCAGCGAUCUGGUCAGCCUGCUGUUUGGGGCCAGCACUCGUCCUCAUCAUUGCCGCCUGUUGUGCAACCUAGUCAGCCAGCUGCUCGUAAAAUGCAAACGCUGGAGGAGAUCGAGGCGGAGAUGCUGGCUAGAGCUAGCGCUCCCAGGACUGCUCCCCCUCCUCAGCAGCAGCAGAUGCCAUCGCAACUGUUUGCUCAUCAGCCAAUGCCGAUGGGCCGGCCACCAGGAUACGGUCAAAUGAUGCCUCCUCCUCAGCAAAUGCCUCCGCAGAUGCCGAUGCCAUUGUCCAUGCAGCCUAUGCCGAUGCAAGCCAUGCCUAUGCAACAACCAAUGCCCAACCAAGGCCGUCCUAUGCCACCAGGUAUGCCUCCCUUUCCGCAGCAGAUGCCUCCACAGCAACCAGCUGCAGCCAAGAUGAAGGAAGCUAUGGCAGACGACGAAGAGGCACGCCGUGCAGAACAGCAAAAGAAUCUGCGGCGAGCACAAAAGAUUGGUCAAAUGGCGCGCUACAAUGGCCUCAUGUCCAACGGCGACAAGAAUUACGUGCUCAAAGUACAGCUCUCGCAGCUCGUGUCGGAAGACCCCGAGGCCGAUGACUUUUACUAUACCGUGCACUCGACGUUGCGUGGUCGCAGCAGCUUGCAGCAGUCACUUGGACAUUUCGAGCAGACUUAUCUGAGUCGUGCUGGUCAAAACAGACGCGGCAGGGACAACAAGAAUCCGCUGCUCAAGAUGCAGCAGCAAGUGCAAAAAGUCAUCGCAGCGAGCAAAGCUCGGCCAAAGUCGACAUCACUGACGGUGGAGGGAUCGCUUGGCAAGCUGUCAUUCAGCCGUGUCAGGCAGCCAAAGCAGGUGCUCAAUAUCCAGUCCUUGCCAGAUGUCGCGGUACCAAAUUCAAAGCAGAGCAAGCUCGAGGCGUUGCAAGCAAUCGAGUCUGUUUACAACGAGCUCCUCCUCCUUGAGCAGGCCAGUAGACAGGCACCUGCAGAAGGAGCGCCUCAGGAAGAGUUUGACAACUGGCGAGCCAAGCUGGACAAAAUGGCCGAUGAUAUCUGGCAAUCGUUGCAAGUCGAGUCGGACAGUAUCCUGAUUGAAUAUCUCAAUUAUGCCAAGGGCAAAAAGAUGAUUCCACGACUAUUCCGCGGCCUCAACCCUGAGCGCCGCUUGGCGCUAAUGCAAUGCAUUGUGCAGAAUCUUGACAAGCUUGCUGUGGUCCGCCUUGCGCGUUACGAGAAUGGCGCACUGCCCAAGGAUGUGCGCGAUGAGAUCGAGCUAUUUUCGCAGACAGUCUUGCCACCGUUGCUGGCCUUUGUUUCAUCUGCCUCGUUGCCACUCGUCAUCUCGCUCUUGACGCAACUCCUCGACAGCAACAACGUCAAUGUAUUGUGCAUGACCAAAGUUGGUCUCUCAUUCCUCACCAUGCUCAUCUCUCGCGCAGAGAUUGCCAAGGCAGAGGACGGUGCACAGGCAGGUGCCUGGCAACAACAUUACAACGCCAUGUUCAGUAAGCUUGAAGGUCGCUUCGGCUUGAUCUUCCCACCUAUUCAGCCGCACGCUGAGGAAGGCUACCCCUGGCAAUUCUUAGCUGCGUGUGCAGUCAGUGCGUCACCUGAGCAGCAGCAUGCACUCGUCAAUGAAGCACGGGACAAGGUGCUCGAGCAAGUCUCGAGUGCCAAAAUAUUGCCGCGCGAAAUGGCAGAAGUGAAGCGGGCGCAUGUCAACUUGUUUUUGAAUGCUAUUGGGCUGGAUGCCUCACAACUUGAAGGGUAG